CUCAAACAUCACCACUCACACACCAAUCCAAAGUGAUUAAAAGUAUUAGUAACCAAAAGUCAUUUUCCAAGUUCCAAAUGGCUUCCAAGGUUGCUAUAAUUCUUGCCCUCAACAUCCUCUUUUUCACUGCUGUAACCUCCAACUAUGUUCCAUGUCCACCACCACCCACAAAAGACCACAAUCACUCACAUCCAAAGAACCCAACAUGUCCUAGAGACACAAUUAAGUUUGGUGUGUGUGCUGAUGUAUUAGGUUUGAUUAAUGUUGAACUUGGUAAGCCACCAAAGACACCAUGCUGUUCUCUCAUUGAUGGUCUUGCUAAUCUUGAAGCUGCUGUCUGUCUUUGCACUGCUCUUAAGGCUAAUGUCUUGGGCAUUAACCUUAAUCUUCCAAUUAAUUUGAGCUUGAUACUUAAUUACUGUGGAAAGGGAGUUCCAAAGAAGUUCGUUUGCGCUUAAUUAAUAUAUGUGUGUAUUGUGUCACACUAUUAUCUUAUGGUUUGCUGGUUUUGUACUACUUUGUUGCAUUCUUUCUCCCACGCCUUUUAUUUGUUUUCGCCAAUGAACAUUUUGUUCAUACUUGAACUUGAUUAUUGUUGUGAUGGUUGGAAAUUGAAACAACUUUGUCUUCUUUUUCAGCCACUAUUAUGACUAUAUUGUAUUUUGUACUAUUCCAUCUAAGUGAUAUUUCUUGUGUUAAUACAAAACUUACAUUUAAGCAAAUUAAUA